CCCCAGAAAAAGCCUCAUAAUUCAGAAUAGACAUAGAUAAUCAUUCAGGUUGGACAUCGUGUAACGAUCAAUCCAUUUGAUAUAGAGUUUUGCACGGAAAGUUCGUUUUUGGUACACGAUUUAUCUUGAUCCCUAUCAUAGCCUUUGCUGCAGUCUGCUUUACAGAUCACGCCUGUAAUGGAUGAACUACCUGCACAGGUAUCAGGGGUAGCUACUCAUGAUGUUAGAAAUACAAUUUCCAAGAAGUUUCCAAGGCAAGCCGCAUGCCUAAGCUGUCGACGUAGCAAAACCCGUUGUAUCCGUGGCCCCGCGGAUAUCAAUUGUCAAAGAUGCCGUCAGAAUGACACGGAAUGUCUGGUGCCAGAUUUCCAUGUAGGAAGGCGGAAAGGUGUCAAAAAGUGAGCCUCCAUGACAUGUUUCGAGUAGGCUGUUCAUUAGUCCGGAUUAUUGGAUAUCCUGGAUUUGACCUAUUUGAUUGUUGCUGACCUCUUUUUAGCAAACGGAGUGGACUAGAUAAAGUGGUUCAUCAACUCGAAAAGGCAAUCAAAAGCUCUCAGAACUAUAACGUUCCAAAAGAAGAAGGUCGGCGUCUACAGCAGCUUCUUUCCGAAGCCGAAAAUCUCGUGUCUGAAGGGAAUGAGAACCCUUCCACCCAGUCCAUUGGGCAGCCGGACCUUCAAAACUAUUUGAUCAACAGACGACGUGAAACCAAUGACGCAUCCAUGUUCGGCUCUCAUGAAACUACUGGUCAAAUUGAGACGGAUGACGUUGCUUUGGACGACGCUGAAAAUCCUCUGCAGCUGCUUGCUCGUGCAUCAGACCUUGCAGAUACUGCGGCAAAGCAACGAUGUAUGCCCACUUCAUUUGCAAAGACCGGAGAGCUUCGACGGUUUUUUGGGCCGUUUCAACCACGCCUUGACGUUGGAAGUGAUAUUGACCCUGUCAAUAUUGGCUUGGUGACUGAAGAGGAAGUGACUAUGCUUAUAGAAUAGUGAGUCUUGCCUUGAUUGUCCGAGGGUUCUCAAUAGUCCAGAUCGCCGUCUAGCAAUAAGAUAUUUAUUGGAUUUUUAAAAUUAUGCACCACAUUUAAUAUUCACUGAAAUAUCUUGUCAAUUUGGAAUAUGCAAACAAAUUGGAACAUUGAAUUCAUUCGGAGUAUAGAAUUUGAUGGGGAUAAUUAACUGUAUCCAAACAUGAAAAGCUUUCAAUUAGCUCUGCUUAUCCGGACUAUUGAACACCCUGAGAUUCGCCUUGACGCAUAUCUUAUUGAUACUGAUAAUUUCAUUAGUUUCUAUACAGAUCUUUCGCAUACAAGAUGGGGUCUCGAUCCCUCUAUUCACACGGCAGACUUUGUGCGCUCAAGAUCUGCGUUUCUUUUAACAUCCAUGUUAGCUGCAUCUGCACUUUUCAUUCCUCUGGGGGCAGCUUUAUCAAAGCGUCUCUCCAACCAUAGUAAAUAUCUUGCUCAGCAUGUUAUAUCCAAGAGGUUUAGGUCGCCAGAAAUCGUUCUCGCAUUCAUGAUAAAUAUCCCAUGGAUGUCACCAGAAAAGCAUUGGGCUGAAGACGAGACUUGUUCUUACAUGGCUUUGGCGCACUCUAUCGCCCUCGAUGUGUCUCUAAACAAGAUCAUCAUAUUAAACGCAAACAGUCUACAAACCGCCAUUCCAAAGUCAGAUUGCAUUAGUGCAAGAAAAGCUCUCGACAUGGACGGUUUUGUGGAUGUUGAUCCCACGACACGAUGGGGCCAGAAAUUAUUACGCCGACGUGAAAGAAUAUGGCUUGCUCUAUUCAAUCUGGACAGGGGGUGAGCUAACUCCUUACGUGUACAUUUGAAGGUGCUGAUAUUCCUGGUCAGCGUGUGCUUAGCACGAGGAAGAGCGUUUACCGUACAAGUAUCUCCUUUCGUUGAAACUUGUGAUGCAUGGCACAAUGCUGAUAUAGCUGAUACCUGGGAUGGCUCAAUUGUAGCUUCAUCUGUUUUGCGGCGAGAUAUCGUAUGUAACUUUUGAGAUAUUCCAAUAGAGACUAAUAAUGUGAACAGGCCAAGAUUAUUACUUCUAUUAAAGACACGUGUGAUAACACUGCAUCGGCAGGAUUAGAAGGGUAUGACAUUGCUCACACCCUUAGGCAAAGGGUCGAUGAGUUUUUCAAUCGCUGGUAUUCCACCUGGACCACGGAAAUAGGUCAAGAAAAAGACCUUCGGCUGCCUCCUUAUGUAGAAAUCCUCGUUUCCCACACCCGUCUUGCUAUAUACAGUAAUGUUCUUAAUUAUCCUAGGCAAACCUCGGCUAUCUCUCAUUUCUUUCGAUCCGCUGGUCUCUCGUCUGCUUUGAAUGUUAUGAGAGCCGCGGUCCAGGGAGAGCCCCUUCUCAAAUCUAUGCCAAACAAUACUGCGAUAAUGGUCUCGUUUUCGGCCUGUUUUGCACUUUACUUGUCGACGACGAGUACGAAAAAUAAUUCCGGUCUGAGAGAAAGUAUCAAAGUUCUGAUAGAGGAGACUGCAACGGUUCUGGAGAGGAUAGGGAAUAUAACUCCUCACAGGAAAGGGAGUUCAGCAUUAUAUGGAAGGCACUUGCAAGAGAUUCUUCGAAAUUCCCCAGCAUUACGAAGGCCUGUUCCAUAUGAUCCGUCAGUCCUCAAUAGUGAACAAGCGGGAAGCAAUACAGCACAGGAAAUACAGGAACACGGAUUAGAGCCCGGUUUCUUUGAGCCGCUCCAACUCUCCACCAUGUCGGUUGACCAGAUUGUCGAAUUCUUUGACAAUGAAGAAGCAACCUUUAGAACUAGUCCAACCAACUUACAGCUGGGCGAUACGACAGGAAUGGAAUGGCUGGACUGGUUUGAUUUUUACGAAACUGCACAAGGCUGAUAGCUUGUUCGUAAUGGGGCUAUUAUCAACCAGUUCUAAUCAUUUUGUGGCCAUUUGUGCUUGAGGUCUAAAUACGCAGGCCAAGAUAGCGAUGCCUCUACAGUGCUUCCAGUAGUCUGCUCAGACUGCAGCCCGACGAUAUAUGGGAGAGUUUUGG